CGAACACAGCUCUACCGAGCUUCAGCAUCCCCACGUCACGCCAAAUAACCGACGGCACAACGACAUCUUCAAUCUCCACUCAAUCCUCUAAUUGACUUUUCUUCUCAAAGCUCAAUUGGCCACAACAUCAAUUCAUCAUGGCUUCUUCGCUCAAGACCUCCGUCUUGCGCAUGCCGUUAACAGGUCUCGUGCGCUCAUCACAAAAAGCUUCAUUCUCAACUCUCCGUCCAGCAUCAUGUCUCUCAGCAUCGCCAUUCCGACCCCAAUGCUUCACACCCGUCGCAAAGACCUUCUCCCGCACCUACUCCGAUAAGCCGCAGUCUACCGAACUUCCCCCGCUCGACUGGAACAGCUUCUUCAAGCUGCGAGUUUCGCGCCGACGAUACCAGCUCUUGUUCUCCAUCACCAAUGGAUUGUUCGCCGGUGGUGCGGGUGCCGUUUUUCUCUCGACGGGUAUGGCGGAACCGAUCAUCUCGCAAAUCCCUCUCGAUCCGUUUAUGACGCUAGGACUUAUGACGCUCGCCUUUUCGGGUCUUGGAUGGUUGAGCGGUCCUAGUGUUGGAAACCAGGUCUUUUACCUCUUGAAUCGUCAGUGGAAGAAGCAGAUGACGCAGAAGGAGGCUCAGUUCUUUGAGCGCAUCAAGAAGCAUCGGGUUGACCCCACCAACUCGAGCGCCAGCAACCCUGUUCCCGAUUUCUACGGCGAAAAGAUCUCUAGUGUUUCUGGAUAUCGCCAAUGGCUAAAAGAUCAAAAGGCAUUCAACAAAAAGAAGACUGCCAACUUUGUGUAAAAAAAGAAAGAAAAAAUAUCUCACAUAAGUCUCUGUUGACUUCAGCAAAAUGUUUGUAAUGGCGCAGCUGAUGGGCAGGAAUGGCCUGUCCUUGGUGUGCUCGGGUUAACACGGGCAUUGUAUGUUGUAUGUAUGUAUCAUAAAAUCUCUCAUCCAAUACGACUAUCCCCAUUU